AUGGAAAACAAUGGCAAGCUACGCAUCUUCCGCUUCGUGCAUUGCAACAAAACUACAUAUAAUGCACAUAAUGGAAAGAGUUUGAUAGAUGCAGCGGUAGCGCCAAAAAGGCAGUGCGUGGACAAGCCUUCGGUCAUUCAAGUGCGUCUAGCAGAGCAUAUUUGUGACCUCGACGAAGCUAAAACAACAAAUGACAAUUACUAUGGACUCUUUGUAUGGCCAUCAGCGCUGUUGCUUUCACAAUUUAUUUCCACCGAAUCACGAUGGCUUUGUCGCGAUAAAACUAUAUUGGAAUUGGGUUGCGGUAUAGGACUUCCAUCCAUCCUAUCUGGACUGUGUGGUGCGGCUAGAAUUUAUUUAACUGAUCGAAUUGACGCAAGCGACAUCCAGCGCAACGCAGAUACUAACAUUAAGUUAAAUGGACUUGAAGACCGUGCACAAUAUUUACCUUUAUCGUGGGGGGAUAUGCAUGUGUCUGAAGAAAUAAUAUCCGUCUUUCAAACUAUUCAAGUGGUUCUUGCCGCCGAUUGUUUCUAUCAAUCUGAAGAAUUUGAAAAGGUGAUAGCGACUGUAGCCCUGAUUCUUCGCUGUAGUGCCUCACUAACCUGCAGCUUUUACUUCUCCUACCAUCUACGCAGCAUCAAUCGAUCGAUUGCAUUUCUUCUCUCUCGCUGGAAAUUAAUUGCUCAAUCAAUUGACAAAAAUGCGUAUGUAAACGACUUAAUCAAGAUAGGAGAUUAUCCCGCCAAAGACUUUGAUAGUAUCUAUCUCUAUGAAGUUAAACGUGCAAUUGAAUAA